AUCCACCUGCACGGCGUCCUGUUUCUCCUGGGUGCGGUUGUUAUGGCAGCUGUAAACAUUAUGUGGGAGCAUGCACGGUUGAUAUGGAAACUGCAUAAAGGAAACAGGACGGAGUGUGUCUGAGUGGUCAGGUCAUCGGGGAAGUGACAGCAUUUGUUAUUAUAUUAAUACCUGACGCUCUAGGUGACGCUCUGUUAAACGUCACCUGUUUCAGUUUGAGAUGCGUUUUAACAGCCGUUUUAAACAGCUGUCACAGGUGUCAGAGAGUGUAAGUUGAACUCCAUAGUUGGUGUUAUCUCGGAUAUACUCUAGGUCGGUUUCUAAGUAUACACUUGUCAGCUUUGCCCAUGCAUAGACCAUGUACCAUGUCUGUGUGUGACGGCGUGCGCCUUUUUGCGCAUGGAUGUCAGUGAGAAGCAAUGACUCACUCCGCUCUGUACAGAUUUAGAUGCCUGUUUGACCCGAUUUACAUGCUUCCUCAGAUGCUACAGAGACAAAGUAGCGAGGUGCCAUCCUAUUUAUGGCUUUCUCUUUGUUUCUGGGCUGCCGAGAGAACCAGUUCUACUUUAUAGUUCGUCUAUAGUUAAAUGGUUUAUUUAGAAAUUGGAUGAAGACAUCUGUAGAUUCUGCGUGCAUUUAUCGGUCUGAAUAUGAUCUUAUGAUUCAUUUUAAUAAACCUUUUAUAAUAGUAUAUUCUACAACGUGAAGAUCUGAAAACAGUCCAGCUGAACGUUGCUCGGUAAACAAGAGAACCUAAAAGUAACAUGCAACAAAUGCCAGUGUUACAAGUGGCUCCAGUGGAAGGGAGGGUACGUCGCACUGUGCCCAGCCUGCCAACAAUCAAGCCAGACAGGCUGAAAACAGCCCGAGCGCUGGUGCAGAAAGCAGUCAAGUUGAAGAAAGUGUUUUCAGUGCAGGGACCCUACCCUGUGAUCCGUGCUGCCUUGUGGGCCAGAGGGUGGGUGGAACGUCGAUUGCCCCAUCCGGUCCAGAGACCACCUCAUUGCCAUGGUGAUGAUGAGGAGGAUGGUGAUGUCAGCGCUGAUGUUUUUGGUGAGACAAAGAAUUUGGAAAAGCAAAGUCCUAAGAAUUCAAUCGUACAUUUAUUUUAUCGCCUGGUUUGAAAUGAAACUAUAUAUUUCUACUGGACAACACGACGGGAUUCCAUAGACUGUCGCUCCCUACAGAAUGACCAAAUGACCAAUCACUAUGCGAAUGCUGGAACAUUUACCACCAAGGUGGGGCUCUGUGUGAACCUGCGCAACCUUCAGUGGUUUGAUACAACAGAUCCUGAUACCUUUUUCCCAAGAUGCUACAGGCUUGGGGCAGAGGAUGAGAAGCACGCAUUCAUAGAGGACUUCAGGAGGACAGCUUGCACCAGCCUGCUGCAACAUGUGGUGGAGAUGAGUCGACAGCAGAGAGAGGGAGCAGAGGCUGAGAGAAAAAAAGGAAAAAACUGCAUCUCUGAUGAGACGAAUAAUGUAGGCCAUUGGUUCGUUGGUCCAGAAAUGAUCACCACAGCUUUACGCGUGUGUCAAGAGUUUCUCAGUGUUUUAGAGCAUGGUGACAUUGAUGUGGAAACAGUCCCCUCAGUGGCGGAACAGCAGUGGGCAGAGUUUCUGCAAGAGUACUACAUGGUUGUGCAUGAGGGUGCAUUGAUCAGGGGUAGCAGUGUAUUUGUGGAGCGCUGCCAAGCUAUGUAAACCAGGCUGCAGGAGGUUAGCCCGCAGCUGGAUACAGAUGGACUAAAUAACAUCUGGAUCAUUAAACCAGGUGCCAAGUCAAGAGGACAAGGCAUUGUUUGUAUGAACCACUUGGAAAAGAUUUUGGCACUUGUGGAUGCUGACAGACCCCUGGCUAAAGAGAGUAAGUGGGUGGUUCAGAAAUACCUGGAGUGUUCUCUUUUGGUCCACGGCACCAAGUUUGACCUCCGCCAGUGGUUCCUCGUCACCGACUGGAACCCUCUGACUGUGUGGUUCUACAGACAGUGCUACCUGUGGUUCUCCACUCAGCCCUACUCAACAAAAAUUCUGGACAGUGCAGUCCACCUGUGCAACAACUCCAUCCAGAAGCACUUCCAGCCAUCUCAGGAUCGCCAUCCAGGUGUACCUGAGGACAAUAUGUGGUCCUGCUCUGAGUUUAGGGCUUUCCUGCAGCGGCAGGGCUGUGAAGCAAAAUGGGAGUCAGUUGUGGUCCAAGGCAUGCAGCAAGCAGUGGUUCAUACUACACAGACAGCCCAGGACCUAGUUGAGCCCCACAAGGCAAGCUUUGAGCUCUACGGAGCCGACUUUAUGUUGGGCAGAGAUCUGAGGCCUUGUCUCCUGGAGGUCAAUGCCAGUCCGACUAUGGCCUCUUCCACGACUGUGACCGCCCGCCUCUGCCCUGCUGUGCAGCUGGACACACUGAGGGUUGUGCUGGACUGGCGGACUGACCCUAGUGCUUACACAGGAAGCUUCCAGCUAAUCUACAGACAGGCUGCAGUUGAAGUUCCUCAGUAUCUGGGAGUGAACCUGCUGGUGGAAGGAGCCCCCAUAAGUCAACUGAGACCUCUGCUUCAUAGGGAAACAGCUAUUUCAAACACACCACUUACUAUCCAGUUUCCCUCAGACCAGUCAUCUCCAGAGGUUGCUAACACAACACAUAAACUAUCAAAUCAGAAGCUCAGUGUGAUUGCUGGUCUUUGUCAUUCAGGCAAAGAGAACCAAGCUGCUGGAAAGAAAACAAGACAGCUGACAUCAAAAUCUCCAAAUAGGGAACAUGAAGGGAGAACAGAGGUUCAGAAUGCUUCCUGUAUUCACAGGACCUGCUGCAGUCAAGUGUCUGAACAGCCUUUGGUGAGACACAUUGAACCUCAGAGGAAAGUGCAAGGUUUGAGUUUGAGUCUUGGUGCCAGUGUUGCAAUUCUGUAUCCACAGAGUCUCUCCUUUUCCCUCAGCCCCCCUAACAGCAUGUCAGAUUGUAAAACUCAGCCCAGUCCAGGCCAUGGAUCACAUAUCUCCAGAUCCUUCCUUCAUCCCACAACCUUUGAGCCACAACACAGGGCCUCAACAUGGGUCUUUCCUUCACUCCAGGGUCUCCUCCCUAGCAUGGACACUAAAAUUAGGAAGCAAAGCAGUAGGAAGUGCAGAGGAGGUUUUAUCAGCAACAACAUUAUUAAUUUAUAG